GGCUAUUACAGAUCUGUUUCAACCGACAUACAUGAAGACUGACUGACCACCUCUAUAUAUCUAGUUCAUAUCUAAUGAUCAAUUCUACCUGGGUAUAUCAUUACCUGCGCGGACACACUACACUUCGUCUAGCUUAUCUUAUGUACGCAGGGAUAGUGACUGGUGUCAAAUCUCGGGUCACUACGAAUGACAUACGUGCUAUACUUUGUUCGUUUGUCAAACUCCAACUAAGAAUCUCUGACCCGUUCCUUAUUGUUUUUGCCUCAACCUCGCGAGCGAAAAUCAGCCAUCUCACCGCUUAUGGGGGCUCACACUCAGGCGUUUACCGCCGCGCGUACAGAUUCCCGUGGAAACCUUCCGGGGGUUGAACCAUGUCCAACUCUUUCCCCUGGCUCUCUUUCUGCAACUUCAACCAGAUAUUCAAAAUCCUCGCCAACCUUCUGGAUACUCAUCUACG